AUGACUAUGCAGAAACACCUGUUAAUUCCAGAUGAAGUCAUCUUUCUCGAACAAGAACCGAGGGCCCUAGAGGAUGCUAUGUGUCCUUAUGACAUGGCUAGUGACAUCAAUUCCUGCCACUCCCUAAGCCACGGAAGAGGUGUGGAACAAAUGGAAUUUGGUUUCUCUUGUUUUAUCAACGUUUCAAAAGGUUUAAUGAUCAGCAUGUUUGUCUCCCUGAUGAAAAGAAACAGCCGCACUGAACUCUUUGGAAGAAAAAAAUUCUACGUAAAUCCAAGGCAUUAUUUGUCUUAUGCUGUCAAGUCAUCUCCGACCCAUAGCAGCGCCGUGGACCCAUCUUUCCCAGAAUGCCCCACCUCCAUCUGCAAUCGUGCAGGCAGUGUAUCCUUAGGGUUUUCUUGGGCUGCGAGCGAUUCCUGGCAGCCCUGCCUGCCACCGCCAGCGGCUGCUGCACCAGCAGCAGCUCUACCUGCAGCAGCUACAGUAGCCCUGCCAGCAGCCUUGCAGCAGCCUCAGCGCCCCCGAUCAGAGUGUCCUCGAAGGAGCCAGUGUGAGGGGCAUCCCGGAGGAUCGCCCAGCCUGCUGGCCCGGCCUCAGCGGGGCAAACACAGCCCUGCAGCCAGCCCUACAGCCAGCCCUGCAGCUGCCCUACAACCAGCCGUACAGCAGCCCUGCAGUCAACCCUACAACCAGCUCUGCAGCCAACCCUACAACCAGCCCUGCAGCCAACCCUACAACCAGCCCUGCAGCCAACCCUACAACCAGCCCUGCAGCCAACCCUACAACCAGCCCUGCAGCCAACCCUACAACCAGUCCUGCAGCCAACCCUACAACCAGCCCUGCAGCCAACCCUACAACCAGCCCUGCAGCCAACCCUACAACCAGCCCUGCAGCUGCCCUACAACCAGCCCUGCAGCCAACCCUACAACCAGCCCUACAGCAGCCCUGCAGCCAGUCCUACAACCAGCCCUGCAGCCAAUCCUGCAACCAUCCCUGCAGCCAAUCCUGCAACCAGCCCUGCAGCCAACCCUACAACCAUCCCUGCAGCCAUCCCUGCAGCCAACCCUACAAUCAUCCCUGCAGCCGUCCCUGCAGCCAACCCUACAACCAUCCCUGCAGCCAACCCUGCAGCCAGCCCUGCAGGGCAAGAGACUGCUGUGAUCGCUUUAGAGAUGUCUGUCCUCUUCACAACAGAAGCAACGCUAGCUCUUUAGUAGUGUUGGCUUCACGUGGCG